CAACAAAUUGCCGGUACAACAACAACAACAACAGCAACAACAAAAAGAAGAAGAACGAGAACGAGAAGCGGCGCCAUUAUUAAACAAUAAUCGAUACAUGUUAUCGGCACGCAAUUAAUCAAAACGAUUAACAGAACAAAUUUCGUUUGUCUGUGUGUGUGUGCGUGCGUGCGUGCGUGUCCGUGUGCGUGUGCGCGCAUUUGUUUGUGUUUUUUGUGCAUGUGUGCGCGACGCAGCGACGCUGACGCCGCCAAAAAGUGGGUCGAGUUGCGCGCGUAAAUUUGGGUCGCAGCAGCCAACGUCGCAGUCACAGUCGCCGCCGCAGUCGCAGUGCAUUCCAUUCGACUUCCAGUUGAACUACUACUACUACCCCGCACCCCCCGCAGCCAUCGUCAUGUCGCUGCAAACGAAACGGCAACAUUGCUACCUUUGCGAUCUGCCCCGCAUGCCCUGGGCCAUGAUCAAUGACUUCUCGGAGGCGGUUUGCCGCGGCUGCGUCAACUACGAGGGCGCCGAUCGCAUCGAAGUCGUCCUCGACGCCGCACGCCAGCUGAAGCGCUUGCAUCCGAGCAGCAAGCGCGCCCACGAGAACGGCGAAGUCGUCGUCCUACAGCAGCAGCAGCAGCAGCAGCAGAGCCUGCAGCAACAGCAGCUGAGCGGGCCGCAGCAUCGCGGCGCGCCAAGCACAUCGGCAGCGGGCGGUCCCGGCCCGUUAUCGCUAUCGCAUCAUCAUGCGGUCGCGGCCGCUUAUCAAAUGCCACGCAUUGGACCACCGCCGCCGCCGCCGCCGCAGCAGCAGCAGCAGAGCGGCGGCGUUAUGGAUUUUCCCGUUAAACUGGAAUCGGCACCGGAUGUGCGACCGGUGCGCAUCUCCCAUAUGACGCCCCACCAUAUGCCGCCCACGGCCGGACAGCGUGCCGUACCCGGACCCGGUCCCGUUACACAGCAGCCACCUGGCGGCGGCGGCGGCGGGGGCUCAGCUAUGCUGCCCGCGCUCUCCGUCAAUCUGAAGCGUCCGCCCUCCGAGGAUGUGGACAUCGAGAGCGCACAGCAGCCGCACGGCCCGCCCCAUGUCGGCGUCGGCGUCUGCGUCAGCGUUGCCGAACUCGCCGCCGGCAGCAGCAGCGGCGUCGGCCCCUCCAGCGUUAAGCGCAGCGCCCUCGACGAUCCCAACGGCGUCCGGCCCCCCCUCACCCGCGGCGAAUCGCUGCCCGCGGUCAGCUACGUGCCCGAGCGGCAGCUCAACUUGCGCGACAAACAGCAGCCCGUGCGGGCGCCCAGCUUCGAUGCGUCGACCUUCAAGGCAGCCGAACACUUGUCCCCAGCCAGUCGACGCAAUGGAUCCAGCCCGCCCUCGGGGCCGUUGCCCCCGCGCAGUGUCCACUCGCCCAACAGCUCGGGCUCUUCGUCGGGUCGACGCUCUUCGGGCUCUCGCCAUGUUUCCAGCACAACCGUCACAAGCAGCGAGGUGGGCGGCUCGAAUUCCGUUCAAGCGGGCGCCGUUGGGGCUGGCCUAGGCCCGGGCAGCGGCGCUGGCGGCGGCGGCGGCGGCUCAAUGGGCGGGCCGGGCGGUGCCAGCAAUUCGCAGCUGAGCAGCUGCAGCAGUGUUGGCGGCAGCUCUGCAUCUGGCAAUGGCAACACGGGACCCUCCUCGCUGCCGCCCAAUCCGAAUGCGGUCGCAGGCGAUGGCAGCGCAGCCGGCGGCAGCAAUGGCGGCUCGAUCGGGCCGAGCGGCAGCAAUGGCAGCGGCGCAGUCAACGCCGGGCCUGGCAGCAGCGGCAGCCAGGGUGCGCCAGGCAUGAGCAGCAGUAGCAGCAGCAGCAGCGGCGGCGGCGGCGGGGGCAGCGGCUCAGGUGGUGGCCUUGGUGGUGCGCCCGGCAGCAGCGCGGCGCCCAAUUCGGCAGCGGCGGCCGCAGCGGCAGCGGCACAAAACGCCACACUUAAGUGCACCCUGUGCCAGGAGCGUCUGGAGGACACACACUUUGUCCAGUGCCCAUCGGUGAACAUUCACAAGUUCUGUUUUCCCUGCAGUCGCGAGAGCAUCAAGCGUCAGAAUGGUCUGGGCAAUGAGGUGUAUUGUCCCAGUGGUGAGCGCUGUCCGCUGGCCAAUUCCACCAUACCGUGGGCAUUCAUGCAAGGUGAAAUCACAACCAUAUUGGGCGAGGAGGUGAAGGUGAAGAAGGAGCGCGAGUCUUAAUGUCCAUUUUAUUGUAAAAAGCUGCGUAGAGCUUUGGAGCACUUUUGACCCAGCCAGCCAGCGGUAGAUGGAGAGAUGCGUUAGAUCGAAAGAGUGUGGUGAAGAGAGAGUGAGAGAGAGUGCGCGUGUGCGUGUGAGUGUGUAUGUGUGUGACUUGAAGAUCGCAGGCUGCAGCACACGCGCGCGCUCGCGUUCGCUCUCUCUCCGACUCUGUCUCGCUCGCUCGCUCUCUAGCAACUAUGUAUAUGUCUGUCUCUGACAGUCGUGUCAAUUUUAUAUUGAGCGAGCGUUGGCAAAACAUAAUUUUUUUUUUCUGUGUCAGCCGCGACGCCGGCGUCGCCGGCAGCAGCUGCAACUGGCUGGCGCUCUGUCCAUGACGACCAACAACAACAACAACAACAACAGCAACAUUUGUAGGCAUAAGCAACAAACGAAACAAAAAC